AUGAAGGGCAAAGUAACAGCAGCCGGUCUUGGGGGCGGAGGGCCCGAGGGUCCUGCAGACCCAGGAGCUCCAAGUGCAAGGGCAGCCAAGCCAAAGGAAGAUCCCGGCGUGGCCGCUGUGGGAUGCGUCAGCGCAGUGGAGAGACCAGAUGGGCUAGAAGGAAUAUCCGAGGCCCCGCCACAGCUGGAAGAGGGACGAGGCGUGGUACCCGAGGACGGCUCACCAUCUGCGGACCUGGCUCGACGGCUCUCCAUUCCACGGCGCAAAGCCAAAGCAGUUCUGGACGAGGGCGUGGAUGACACAGAACCCGCCUUGGAUCUGACCAGCGCGCUAUCCCCUGUAGGGGGGGGAGGACCGCCCGGCGGGGACGGGACUUCCUCCGUUUCCGAGCUCGCAUCCCGCGCGCGGGGUUUUGGCGUAGGCAAUCCAGCAAAGCGGCCCCGCCUCAAAAUCGAAGCAAGGGGUUUCGCGGCUGGUCGUUUGUGCCCUGGCAUCACCAGGCGGGAGACCGAAAAGAGAAAGGGAGGCUACAAAAGGAGUGCUAGGAUGCAAGAGCCAGGUAGGCGACCUCUUGAGAGGAAGCUGCGGUCCACACACAGAAUGACGCGCGCUGGUGCUCCAAAGGGGAAGGACUGA